UAAAAGCUGUUAGCAGCUUUAGUAGUCAGCAGCUUCAAAACUAGCAGAGUUUUGUUCUUUGAGGGUUUGCAAUAAGAGACACUCCUCCUUACAAGGGUUCACAACACUACAUAGGAACAAGCUGUCAGAGUGCGAGAACAAUAUACUGUAUUCAUUUUUGCUAUUAUACAGAGAUCUGCUGCUCUCCUGAUUUAAAGCAGAACAACUCUGGCCUGUCUUCCUUCCCUGACCCCAAAAUGACUGUAAUCUCUGCAAUCAGUUACACUUUUUUAUUUUCCAUUCUCUGUCAAACAAGUGCAAUAGUAUUACCCAAUUCCACUGACCUAUUCUUGUCAAACAAUAAUUUCACUGACACUGAAGCAGGGUUGGCAGCUCAUUUGGACUCUGGAAAAAUCCCCAAAGCCAGGAGGAAGCGAUACAUUUCACAGAAUGACAUGAUUGCCAUUCUUGAUUAUCACAAUCAAGUUCGAGGUAAAGUCUUCCCACCUGCUUCAAACAUGGAGUAUAUGGUUUGGGAUGAAACUCUUGCCAAAUCGGCAGAGGCUUGGGCUGCUACAUGCAUUUGGGACCAUGGACCUUCCUACUUAAUGAGAUUCUUGGGUCAAAACUUGUCUGUAAGAACUGGAAGGUAUCGGUCCAUUCUUCAGCUGGUAAAGCCAUGGUAUGAUGAAGUGAAGGACUAUGCUUUCCCAUAUCCUCAGGACUGCAACCCUAGGUGCCCUCUGAGAUGCUAUGGACCCAUGUGCACACACUAUACACAGAUGGUUUGGGCCACUUCCAAUCGUAUAGGCUGCGCGAUCCAUACAUGCCACAAUAUGAAUGUCUGGGGAUCAGUUUGGCGACGAGCUGUUUACUUGGUAUGCAACUAUGCCCCAAAGGGCAACUGGAUUGGAGAAGCCCCAUAUAAAGUAGGAGUCCCGUGUUCUGCUUGCCCACCUAGCUAUGGAGGAUCUUGUACUGACAAUCUUUGUUUCCCGGGAGUUACAUCAAAUUACUUAUAUUGGUUUAAAUAAGCUAGCAUCAGUUUACAUUACUUUAAAAUAAUAUGGCUGAAUAACAAAAGCUUGUAUAUUGAUUUUUGCACAUAUUAUAAAUAUAUAUAUAAAGAUACUGUAAUAAUACCUUGGUUUUCUUUUUGUAUGCUUUUGUUAAAUUAGCUUCAAAGUACAGAAUACAUUUAUUUUAACCCUUUGAAUUUAUAGCCAAAUGUUCUCCAAUUCAGAUGAUUGCCAUGUAGAGAAGGAUAAGCUUAUGUUCAUCUUAGGACAGGGUAGUUUCCUAAGGAAUGUAUUCUAUUUUCUAUUAAAAGCACAUUAAAAAGGGCACUGUCAACUUAAGUCUAAAACCUGACUUCCUUUAAAAUUAUAGAUAUAGACAGCAUAGUGUCAUUGGAAUCUAAAUCAAUAUUUUAAAAAGCAACAACAGCCAUGACUGUAGUGCAGUGGUUUUCAGGCUAAGGUCUGUGGACCUCUGAGGGUCCACAGACUAUGUCUAAGAGGUCCGCAAAAGAAGACUAUGAUUAUCAAAAGUAUGUGAACAGCCAUACUUAUAGUUCAAAGGGUUCCUCACCUUCAUUCAAAAUGUUUUAGGGGUAUGCAAAUGCAAAAGAUUUGAAAAUCACUGCUGUAGUGUGUUGUACAACACCAUGCAUUGUCCUUGUCUUGGAAGCGGUACUCUAUUUUGUACCUGUGCUUACAUGUACACAUUUGAUGAUAGUCUGAGAAGGAGUAUACACACAUGCAGGAGAAACUGCAAGUUUCAGCCCUAUUUUAGCUACCUCAUGCACAACAGUGAUUAAUUUAAAUUAUUUUUCAAGAGUUCAGUGCACGGCUGCUGCUAUCAUCAAUAAUGCCUGUGUGAACAGAGAGAAGUAAAGAAUAGGGAGCUAUGUUGGCCUUUGCACCACUACGAUAUACUGUGGGGCCGAAAGUAUUCACCAAUCUAAUUAGAGCCUUUUCUACAGUAGAAAAAAUUACCAGUAUUUUAGCACUGUAACCAGUUCACCUCCCCACAGGUGAACAUAAUUAUAUUAGUAUAAAGAUGUUUUAUACAAGCAUAUCAAUUUCCAUAUGGGAAGGAAAAUGACUGUAUUGUUACAAGACACCUGUAUGUAAGUAAAUGACAUCCAUGUUUUUAUCAGUGUAACUAUUCUGAUUUUUAAAAAAACUCUUCCACUAACUGAAAUAGUUAUAUUGAUAAAUAUUUCAAAGAUAGAUCUGGCCUAAGGUUUAAUCAAAACAUUUCCCAAAAGAGUUGUCAUUGAUCAAAUUGAUUAUAGAACUUAAAAAUGGGAAAGAGAAAAUCUUUUAACAGCAUUUGAAAAAACUGAUAAUUUGUAUAGCAGUUGACAGUGUGCUUUACACAAUGGAGCAGGGCUAUUUCUUGAAAAAAAAUGUAUUCACCCCCCUCCAGAAUGGGUGUUUAGUAGAAAGGUAUGGAGAAUUAAUGGCUACAGCUUAAACUAGGACACUGAACAGAUAGAUUUUCCUGAAUUAUAUAGUUAGAUUUCAAACUCUUGUUUGUUAGUAUACCAACAUGUGCAACCGUAAUUGAACUAAGGGAUGUACAGAAUACUACAAUGUAGAAUUUAAUCCACACGUAACAGAGAGCACAAUUAAUGUAAAUAAUUAAAUGUAAAUUGGAAAUAAAUUUCCAAUUUUCCAUGUUCCCAUUUGUGCCUAGUAUGGCUGAGCACAAAGCUUUAAACUUUUUGAACUUGAUGUAGCUAGAGUCAGUACUACAAUUAGAGUGGUACAACUUCACUGGUAUUGUAUACAUGCAUUUUUAAAGCAAUAAGGCCAUCUUCAUAAGAAUGGUCAAGGGAGUCUGCCAUCAUAAUAGAGGGGAUGAUAACAAGUAAUUUUUUCUAAACUUGAAAAAAGGGAAUUAUAUAUAUAUGUAAUCAACCCUUUUGCCAAACACGUCAAUAUUAUUGAUAAGCGUGAGUUCUGUACUGGACAGCAUAAAAAUGUUGGCUCUCUGGAUACCUAUCAUUUGACAUGUACUUGGAUGAGGUCCUUAAUUGUACUGUACCUCUUCAAACAUUUCUGGAAGCAACAUUUCUUUGUCUGAAAAGACAGUACUUUGAGAGGUAUAUAAUCCUAAACCAUUGAUAAAUUUCUGAGCUUAAAUUCUGCACUUAGGUUAAUGCUCCUGUUUUAAUACUAGUAACAAUUAUAAUUGUAUGGAUUUUCCUGACUAAAUAAAGGGCCUGGAGUCCUUCAAUCCUUACUUGUCAGAAAACUUAAAUAGUAUGAAAUUCUCCCCUAUCCAGAGAGUUAACACAAAUUUUAUCUACCACUUAUACACACAUUUAAAAGAUUUUGAUGAGAUUUAACUGUCUAGUAGACCAUGCACUGUCACCCAAAGAACAUUUUUAACAAAAGAGUAAAAGAUCAGAUGCAAAGGGCAAUUUGUAUCCUAUGAUAGGUCUCGUUGGAGAAGGAAAGGGGGAAGGAUAAGGACUGCAGCUUUACAUUUUCUUUAUUUUGCAAUUGAAGAAAAUAUAAUUAGGCAGAGUAUACAUUUAACAAAUGUUCAGAUUAAGCUGUAGAGCCUACAGUAUUAGGGUUGACAUUUAAUAAUAAUGAUGCACUUUGUAACUUGCAACUUGUACAUUGUGUAGGACACUAUCCAAGCCAGACUAGAAAUUAUAAAUUAAUUUAUACAUCUGUAAUUCAACUGAAAUUAUUAUAACGGGUAUAUAUUUUAUUGUAUCUGUUCAUUUUUUAAGUUGGUAGAAAUAAGUUGAUUGUGUGGAAUAUUUUGUUUUCUGUGGAUACAGGAAAAUUUGCAACUAUCACACAGAUGUGCAGAUUUUUCACAACACCCAGUCAUGGUGCUAGGGAUCAUUGUAUCUAUUAUAAUCACACUGUAAUGAAUAGCAGCAGGAAAUAAUCUGAGUAUAAGCUAUUUCAUAAGAGCAGCUUCUGAGUAUACCAGCAUCAAUAGGGGUUACUCCUAAUCAGACAUUUGAUUAACGAAAUACCAUUUACCAUUCCAUUUAUUAUAAUAGUGCUGUGGACCAUAAAUAUUUCUAUAUUAUUUAUUUGAAUCCCUAUAAAUAAAAUCAUCAACUCUCUCUUGGGUUGAAUAACAACAAUGCCAGACAACUUCUCCUUUGAUGGCCUGUGUCAGUGCUGCUUGAUUUAUUAUCUGACACAAAAUAGUGCAGGAGUUAAAGUACCAGAAAUGUCAGGGAGACCCAAGGUAUCUACUAUAAUAUAAUAAUAAGUCCUUGGGUUUGCAAACUGAGGAAGAGAAGGAGCAAAACCCCACAACUUCCUUUUUUGGACUUAAAAAUCCAGACCCACUCUUCCUUCAUAGCAGAAAAGGUAUGUGCUGCUUAACAACAAAUUGGCUGUUGGAAAUAUAUUCCUCUGAACACAAAAUCCUGUUCUAUUUUAAAUUUAAAACAAAUAUUUGUAGAAUUGGUCAAAUGCUAAAAUAAGAUGAAGAAUAGCUGUGAUUCAAAUAAAAGAUACUAUGAGAGUUAUAGAAGUAAAAAUAUGUCCUGAUGCAAGCUAAUGCAGCCUUUUAUACCAUAAUAACUGCCAGUCAGAUGUCUAAUCAAAUGGAUAGUAAUGGCUGUCUUUUUGGUGCUAAUCUAUAAAUCUGGUGCUAUUCAUAUUUUUGCAGAGGAUGAGGUUUAUUUCUGAUAUUACUGAAUAUAAUCUAAGGAUUAUGAUCUUUUUCGAAGUAAAUAAAGUAUCCACAAGGAAGUCAAUACAGCAGUUGUUCAAAUUCUUCUUUUAAAGACAUGUACAUAGAUGACUUCAGCUUUAAAAAGUCUUUUAUGCAUCAGGAAAACUUAUUCCUAAUCUCAAAAAAUCAGUCUCCCUUAAAGAACCCUAUUAUUAGUGAUUAAACUCCUGUGUCAAGAUCAAAGAGAGAAUAAGACAUUCAGUAAUUUAGAUUGCUGUUGAACACACUUUAAUGACCUUCUCAGGAAUGAACUAAUGCAAAAACUUUAAGUUGCAUUUUGUUUAAUUCAGCCUGUAAGACUGUAUAUAUGCCCUUCUCUUGGGAUCAAGUUCAAUUCUCAUUGAAUCCAAAGGGAGUUGAAUCAGCCCUCAUUGAUACCAUUGAGAUAUUUGCCACUAAUUUCAAAAGGUCUAGGACCAAACCCUCUGGUAAGAGAGGAUGAAGGAAAAAAACUGAUGCCUGUAAAGGUAACAGAAGGUAGAAUUAGAUUUUUGUCCUUUCAGCAACAUUGGGGACUCAGGAAUCUAAAAGAGAACAGGUAUAUAGCAGAAUUGAUAAAUACCAUAGCUGGGGUCUUAUACUGAAGCAGGGAUGCUAAAGAUAUGACUUAUGGGCCAGACUUAGCCAAUGGAGCCCUAUCAUUUGGCCCACAGUGCUUCCCAUGUUGGGCUAGGACAGGCAUGUGCUUUGCACGAAAGAGCUGGGACAGGUGCAAACUGCAUGUGGCAUGUGGGGGUGGCCUGGGGCAUAUGUUACAUGCAGUGUCUCCAGCUAGGCCAAGGCACAUGCUGCAUGCAGUGCCUAUGGCCAAUUUGGAGUGUGUGUUGCAUGUGUUGGCCACAGCCAGUCCAGGGCAAAUGCUGCAUAUGAUGCCUGUACCAGACUGGCCGUCUACUUUGGAUCCAGCAUACAAGUCUGGUCUCUGGGCCCAGUCUGGCACAUGGACUGGCUCUGCACCAUUCUUCCAACACAUGGACCAACCCUGCGCCAUUCAUCAGGCCUGCAGGACCUGCAAGUUUGACAUCCUUGUAUUAAAGAAUAUAUAGCAUAGAAUGUGUGUACAUGAGGUUGUGUGCAUGGAUGCCCUCUUGUGGUUGAAAAAACAAAUCUAUUUAGGCUUGAUUUCCUGUAGAACUCAGUUUCUGUAACACUCAAAAGAGGAAAAGGAGCCACUGGAAAGCCCUUAAACACAUGCAACAGUAAUAAUUAUAUCAUUGGGGGGAAGAAGAUCUUUGCAAAUGCCCAUGUCUUGUGGCUAAACUUUCCCUGAGUUACUGAUAGACUUUAAAGACAUAACUAUUGCUUUCCUUUAUUAAAUCUGAAGGUAGCUUGUGAACUACUUAUCUUUUUUAACAAUAGGUUUUUGUACACUGUGCAGUAUAUAAAUUCCUGCAUUUUGGCUGUAUUAAUUGGUCCUAAAACCACAGACACUGUAAAUCCCUAUUUUUGGAUACAGUUUUCCCUCAGAAUUCACAUACUAGAAACAUGGCCUCCUCAAUCUGGUUUCUUCUAAUUAUAAUUAUGACAUUUUAGCUUACUACUACUACUAACAAUAGUAAUAAUAAUUUGAAGGCCAUCUUGCUGCUUAUUUUUUUGUUGCUGAGUUUUUCUCAAGACAUGGUUUAUUGACUAGCAAAGAAGAAGUUCUUCAAAUUAUCAUCUGAUCAUGUUAUUCUGGAUUUCACUUUUUGAACCAGAUGGUUUACAGAAUGGGUUAAACUCCAGGUAACUGUCAGUCUGCUUCCAAAACAGUAAUGGCAUCUGUGUUCUGAGCUCUCCUUUGAAAAAGCACUGCAGAAAUAACAUCACACAAGGCAGGAACUAUUUUUGAUACAAUGUUUAGGGUACUAAUACUCUCCCCUGGGAUUUAGUGGCAAUAUUGUAUUGCUCUGAAGAGGUAAAUCUCUGUUUCAUAUAGGUCAUAUCUAAUUAAAGGGUGCUUAAAUGCUGGGAUUCAUUUAAGAAUUAAACUUCUGGAUAGUUUAUGGUUGCUAAAUGCUUGUACAUUUGCUUUUCUUUUUUUUCUUUUUUUAACAUAGUAUGACAAUGUUUUGAGGAUUAGACAACGUUAAGAUUCAUAACUAAAACAGAAUAUAUCAUUCUGAUUAAAAUCAAACCUGAAAAGUUGUUAAAGUAUUUAUAUAGUAAAAUUACCCAUUUCUCACUCAUUUUCAUAAUUUUUUUGGCUUUUGUAUUCUUAAUGAAUUGUUUUUUUCCCUGACAUGAAUGUUCAUUGCUUGACACAAAAAUAAUAGUGAAUAACAUUUUCCAUGUUGUGAUAUGAUGCUAUCUAUAUAUAUGCUAUAACUGAGACAUAAAUCAGUAUUUCUGUUUCAACUCCCAAACUUAUGAAAAUAAAAAGAAAUGUAGAUUAUUUUGAAUUAAUGUGUAAUAUUCAUGCAUUUAAAUAAAAUGA